AUGGGAAAAACGCAAAUAAGGGAAAAACGCAAAUAUGGGAAAAACGCAAAUAUGGGAAAAACGCAAAUAUGGGGAAAACGCAAAUAUUGCAAAAAGGCAAAUAUGGGAAAAACGCAAAUAUGGCAAAAUCGGAAAUAUGGGAAAAACGCAAAUAUGACAAAAACCCAAAUAUGGGAAAAACGCAAAUAUGGGAAAAACGCAAAUAUGGGAAAUCCCAAAUAUGGGAGAAACGCAAAUAUGGCAAUAUCGCAAAUAUUGCAAAGACGCAAAUAUGGCAAAGACGCAAAUGUGGGAAGGACGCAAAUAUGGGAAAAAUGCAAAUAUGGGAAAAACGCAAAUAUGGGAAAAACGCAAAUAUCGGAAAAACGCAAAUAUAGGAAAAACGCAAAUAUUGGAAAAACGCAAAAAUGGGAAAAACUCAAAUAUGGGAAUAACGCAAAUAUGGGAAAAACGCAAAUAUGGGAAAAACGCAAAUAUGGGAAAACGCAAAUAUGGGAAAACGCAAAUAUGGGAAAACGCAAAUAUGGGAAAACGCAAAUAUGGGAAAAAUGCAAAUAUGGGAGAAGAUAA